CUUCAAAUCAACCUGACUCAGGAACGAAAACGAAAUGUUGUUCACAGCAGCAAUACAGUUAGGAAUUGCAAGCUUGGCAUUAGGAGCUCGUACUCCUCGUGCCGCGGCUGUUUCCAAUCCCUCAGGCCAGAAAGUUACAAGUUCCGCAGCUUUUAGUAGUGGGGCUGGCAACAACAACAAUGCUAAUAUUUAUGAUGGAACUGGUAACGCUGGAUCGGAUACCUACAGGUGUUAUUAUGGCGGCUGGGAGAGCUUUCCCCCGGUAUCUGAAUGGAUUGAGUUCGAUGCUAUGUGGAAUUACUCAAAGAAUGCUAUGGCCGAUUCUUGUGCCAACCUUGGAAUAGGCUCUUGCUCCAAUGGUGCUGGUGCUUUUGGACCUGGCAAUAGCGGAGAGCAAACCGGCUUGAUUUGGAACGCCAUCCAACAAGUUGCCCAGACCUCCUUAGUUGAUCAUCGAUUCAUUCUAGCUACAAUUUUGCAAGAGUCCAUUGGUUGUGUCAACGUCUGCCCUACUACAAACCCAGAUCCUUCGGCGCCAAAUAACCCGGGUUUGAUGCAAUCUGAUGGUGGAGUAACGUUUGUAGGCAAUUCGGCCAGUAACUCAGCUCAACAAUCAAGCAUCACUCAAAUGGUUAUUGAUGGUACCCAGGGAACCGCCCUUGGUGAUGGGCUGGUUCAGUGCAUAAACCAAUACGGGAACAUUUAUGAAGCUGCUCGCUGUUAUAACUCGGGUUCAGUUAACGCCGGAAAUUUGAAUGAUGGCCAAGGAGCUACCGCUUCCUACGUCAAUGAUAUUGCCAACCGGAUGACUGGCUGGCUUUACUCCAACUCCAAGUUCAAUCAAUGUUAGUUGAUUGAUAUCUUCAAUAUCUCUCGACUUUUCAAGUAUAUAUCUUAUCGCUAUUAGCAUGUAUAUUCCUGGAAAUUUUACUAAGUGCUCAAUC